AUGGCAGACUGCUCGCGGUUGCUGCAGCAGGGGUUGGGGCUGGUGCAGACGGCUGCCCAGCAGGAUGCCGCGGGCAACUACCAAGAGGCAGUGCGCCUCUACUCCCUCGCCCUCGAUGCCUUCCUCUCCGUGCUCAAGAUGGAGCGCAACCCGCGGAUAGUGGACACCCUGAAGGGGAAGGUGGUGGACUACAUGAACCGUGCCGAGGAGCUCAAGACCCUUCUCGCCCAGCAGCAGUCCUCGUCGAGAGGUGGUGGAGGCGGCGGCGGUGGCAGUCUCGUGACGGAUCCGGGCGCGCUGGUGCUGCCUUCUCCGCCGGCCGACCUGCCCUCGCGCGGGUCCUCAUCGGUCUCCACACAGCCGCUUGUUACGAGCGCCAAAGCUUCCUCUCCCUCUUUUCCGUCCUCGCCGGUUCCCUAUCGUGGCGCAGAGCCCGGUGCCCCGCCUUCGCCCUACAUGUCCGGCGGCCCGGCUCCCGCGGCUCCUGCGCAGUCCGGCUCGCUCUCUCUCCCAACGCCGCACGAGGGAGGGCUGAUCAAUAUCGAAGAGGGCCAGCUGGGCCGCAACUUUGAGUCCAUCUUCGCGGCCUACAUCGUGGACAGCCAGGAGAUAUGGAUCAGGGACCCCAACCUGUGCCACACUCAUCAGGUGUACAACUUGAUCCGGUUCUGCGAGCUGGUGGUGCGGAUCAAUCGCAAGGUGACCCGCCCGUGCCUCCGCAUCCACGUCGUGACGGCCUUCGAGAACGACAUGCAGCUCGACACCCUCCAGUCCGCGCUCAACGAGCUCACCGACAGCCUUAAGGCGCACGGGGUCGAGCUGCUCGCCAGCUUCGACAACCGGGGCGAGCGGGAAGUGGUGUUCUCGAGCGGGUGGACCCUGGUGCUACCCCACGGGCUCGACAUCCACCAGAGCCCCGCCGGAAAGUUUCGGCUGGGGGCGUGUGACCUCAUGUUGCGGCCCACCAAGCAGAACAUCAUCCAGGUCUUCAAGCACUCAUAA